GCCGUUAUUUCCUGAUUAUAUGGAUAGCCUAUGCGGGCGCAUCUGCAUGACUCGAACUGAAUUUCAGAACCAAAACUCAGGUCUCCAAAUGAACGCACUUCCACUUGUUUUUUUAAGCAAUCCAGGCGGUUAUGUUUAUCGUUCAGAAAUGCUGAAACAAGAUGCGGUGUUGCCUUUUUGUUCUACUGUUAUUGUUUCGCCAUCCAUUUCACGCAGAUCUACACUUCUUUCAUCGACGCUGUGUGGCAAGCCAGGGAACAUUGUAUCCCAAGAACAUUCAGUUCGUUAUGGUAGAUGAUAUAAUGGUCUACUAUUAUCUUCAUGAUUCGGUCGAAUCCUCACUACCAAAGUGGAUGAACCAUUCAGAGGGUAUUUUGCUCUGGAGAGAAAUGACAAGAAAUCUGAAAUACAACCGUUACAUUAUGGACAAUGCUGUGAGAAUAACAAGUAAACGCUUCAACCACUCGCAUGAUCACCUUUACCAGGCCCAUGGCUGGUGCCAGUGGAAUGAGGAGGAUGACAGCUUCUCUGCAGCCAUGGGCCAUGCGUACGACGGGAAAGACUUUGUUAGUUUCCACGUGCCAUCCAGAACUUGGACAGCAGCAGUACCUGAAGCGGUGUUCUAUAAGAGGCACAGAGAGGAGAACAUCGAGAACCUCCAUGAUCUGAUUGACGCCUAUGAGUCCACAUGUAUCAGGUGGCUGAGGAAAUUGGUGACAUUUAGUGCAGGGGAACGGAUGGGAAAAGUUCCAGAAACCAUGCUGUUUGAAAGUUCUUCCUCUCCUGACUCCUCUCGUGAGAUGGUGACAUGCUUCGCCACUGGGUUUUACCCCCGUGCUUUGAAAAUGGAGUGGGUCAAUCAAACUGGUCACGUGAUGGUGGAUGGGGUGAGUGGGGGAGAGGUGCUGCCCAAUGGGGAUGGCACAUACCAGGUGAGACGAAGCCUUAAAGUGCCCAUUGGAGCAGAGGAGUCCCGGGUGUACAGGUGCAUCGUGCAGCACAGCGGCUUGGAUGGAAACCUCUCUCUGACGUGGGAGCCCAAGAGGAGGUUGCGAAUACAUGUGGGAUGCAUCAUAACAGCUGCCAUGGCAGUGCUUGCUUUGAUAGUGUUCAUAAAAAGAGUCAUGCUCACUAAAACCAAUGUCAAGGAUUUACACACAACAGGAGAAAAUGUGAGCGUUCAACAGAACCAUGCAAAUGACAUAUUAACUUCUGCUCUCAACACGGCUCUUCAAUCUGACAAUUAGACUACUUUUGGCCGAGG